AUGCAAAAAGGACACAGAAUUGAUUUUCAAACUCAAACAACCAACUUUAAAGAAUUGGAGAAGGAAUUUACCAAGUCUUUGCAUUCCGGUUCCAUCAUCGUUCUAGAUAUUUAUACGGAUUGGGUUGGAUCGUGUAAGGUUGUUGUUCCUUACUUUCAAAAAUUAUAUUUGGAGGCUAAUGAAUUUUGUCCAAUUUCUUUCGUGUGUGUCAAUUCAGAUCAAGUAAUUGCUUCACUUGAAAAUGCUGGUUUUCCUCUCUCGUUAUACAAAACAAAAAACUUGAAAUCACCUCAACCAUCUCCACAACAAGCUCCACAAACACCUCCAAAAAAGCAAAAUAAUAAUUUAAAUGACAGCCUAUUUGCUGACCUUCUUUCUCCUUCAAGCUCUGUAAAUAAUUCAAUGGUGUUACAGGAGGGGCAAACAAAUGAGACACCAAUGGCCUCAAUCAGCCCAAUAGAAAAAUCGGAUUCAAAUAUUUCGAAUCUCAACAUUUCAAACAUUGAAAAUCUUUCCAAGAGUAUGGAUGAAAGCAUGCAAGAUCGUUCAAUGAGGUCAUCUCUUGUGAUUGACUCGUCGAAUCAACAUCCGUUUUCAGAUAUUGACAGGCAAUCAUGGGUACCUCUCAUAGCUUCAGUAAGAGGGAAAUCUUGUCCAAGAUUUCUCUUUUAUAAGGGCGGAAAAUUAAUGGAAGAUGUAUCAGGUGUCAAUAUUUCCAGGAUUAAUAGUAUAUUGAAAAGACUAAUUGAUUUGUAUAAUAAGGAAAAGACAGAAGAAGGGGAUGAAUAUGAUCAACCACUCAAUGAUAACAGUUUGUUAUCAGACAGAGUGAAUAUCGAUUCUCAUUUGGACGACUCGAGUUUGGAUUUUUAA